AUGCAGGGCUCACAGCUGGCUGCCGCAGCCCUGAGACCACAGCAGAACAGCAGUGAGGCUACCGAGCAGUGGCAGCAGCAGAGGUUGCCAUCGCUUCUGAGUAAAGGCCUGUACACCAGCUUCAGUUCCUGCUUCCCACAGUCCUGGCUCAACACACACGAAUUCAAGUCUGAUAUCUGUAACACCAUGAGCCUGUGGAUUUCAGGUAUAUAUCCCAGCCCACUGGGCUAUGACACUUGGGACUACUCGAACCUGGACCCAGAGAGGUUCCGGAGAGAAGGGUUAAUGUCGAGGCGAAGACGAUGGAGAAGGGGAAAACAGAUGUCUUUCCUCAUUCCUAAGGCAUACUUUUCUUACAAGGCUGUCCAGAGCGGCAAAGUCCCCUGUUCUCAGUGGACUAGUGGACAUUUAAAAAGCAGGAGAAACUGUUUAUCCAAGAAUUCAGAGGACACCUCACAAUCACAGAACACCUCGCAAGCUAAUAUUACUUUGACAGAUCAUGGUCAGACUCGGGCCUUGAGGAGAGCUACACAAGUCAAGAAAAGAUCAGAAGCAAGAAUAUAUGAGAAUAUGCUUCCUAAAAAGUCUCACCCUGCCUGCAAAAUCCCCGAGAUGUCUUCCAACCUCUUCAACAUUUACGGGAAGAGUCCUCUGGUUGUUUACUACCUGCUGAACUACGCCACCCUGCGGCAGUGUGGCAGAGACGUGCUGAUGACCAGGACGGAAAUAACCAAGACCGUCCCUGAGUCCAGCCUGACCUACGCUGAUGUCAUCAACCUGACCCUGUGCAACAUGAAGAAGCGAAGGGACAACCUCCUGCAGCUGACCCAGUUCCGGUGCAAUGAAUGGAGUUACUUUGACGAGUACCUAGCAGAGCUGCAGGACAACUUCCUCAAGGAGACGAAGAAUUUAGACCAAAGAGAAGCCGAUAAAAGAAGGGCAAACCGCACAUUCAUCCCACCUCCAGCCUUUUAUGAGGAAACCCUGGAAAAGAAACCUAAAGCCGACCAGGAGAAGGAGACCGAAUUUCUUCUAAGCCAGAUUGAGCCCCUGCAGCUGCCCUAA